AUUAGCUUAGACGAGGAUCAGCUGUUGCUCAGUUUGAACACCCCACGCUGCCUCUCUGGGUACAUUUGAAGACUUGAAGCGACAAUACAAUUCCCACUCCACGCUGGGUGCUCCGCUGGAGGUCUGCAGGGGGAUGGAGCAGAGCGGAGGAGGAGGAGUGGGGAUGGAGAGCCCCAGGCGUCAGGACAGUGCCAGUCCCGAGGAGAGGGGGGCGAAGGGGGAGAGCCCGGCCUCCAGCGGCCCCCCUCAGUGCAAGAUGAGCCGCGUGGAGGUGAACGGCAGCCCGGCGAACCCCACGAUCCGACAGAACGGCAGCACGCCGCUGAGGCCGCUAGGAGGUUUGAUGAUCCCGGUGUUCUGCGUGGUGGAGCAUGCGGAGUCAGCCGGUGACUGCGAGGGCCGCGGGGACCAUCACGCCGAYUUCGUGUUGGUCCGUAAAGACGUCCUCUUCACGCAGCUGGUGGAGACGGCACUCGUGGCCCUCGGGUACUCCCACAGCUCUGCGGUUCAGGCACGUGGCAUUAUUAAAGUGGGAAGAUGGAAGCCGAUGCCCAUCCACUACCUGACAGAUGCUCCAGAGGCAACUGUGGCCGACAUGCUGCUGGAUGUUUACCACAUGGUCACACUGAGGAUCCUGCUGCACAGUUUUUCCCGCCUGGAGGAGCUGCCGUCUGAUCAGUGGAGCCAUGCCACGGUGAGAAACGCCCUCAAAGAGCUUCUCAGAGAAACCAACCAGAGUGCUUUGGCCAAGGAGUGUCCUCUGUCUCAGAGUAUGAUCUCAGCCAUAGUGAACAGUUCCUACUACGCCAACGUUUCCACCUCCAAAUGCCACGAGUUUGGGCGCUGGUACAAGCGCUACAAACGCAUCAAAGGUGAAUAUGCAGAAAAGAUCUGGUCGUCUCUGGACAAGUCUGAUAUUAAAGUGGAGAGGGAUUUGGACCUGAGCCUCCUCAACCAUCGCCCUCCAUCUCUCCUGCCCUCUUCCAACCAUUUAGGCCCCUUGGGCGGUCCUGGAUCCCUUCCAAUCAAGAGCAGCCUGGAGGAUGCUCAGACCCCCGCACAGCCUCACGGUCUUCCUCAUCCUGCWGGCCAGAACCACCCGAGACCCCCGCUGCGUCCUCAGGCUCCCACCCUCUUGGGCCACGGCGGCUUGUUGCCCCCCCAGCUCUCCCCGCAGCUGGUACGUCAGCAGCUCGCCAUGGCCCACCUCAUCAAUCAGCAGCUGGCGGUCAGCCGCCUGCUCGCCCACCAGCACCCACCGGGAGUCAACCAGCAGUUCCUCAAUCACCCCCCCAUCUCGCGGACCUGUAAGGUUUCCGGGGCCGCUACGGACCCCAGCCUCAGCUGCUCAGGAGCCGAAGUCUCCGCUGACAUUUACCAGCAGGUCAGGAACGAGCUGAAGCGGGCCAGCGUUUCGCAGGCCGUGUUCGCUCGGGUGGCUUUCAACCGCACACAGGUAACGUUGUGUUUCCUGCAGGGCUUGUUGUCUGAGAUCCUGCGGAAGGAGGAGGAUCCUCGCUCGGCCUCUCAGUCGCUGCUCGUCAACCUGAAGGCCAUGCAGAACUUCCUGAACCUGCCGGAGGCCGAGCGGGAUCGCAUCUACCAGGAGGAGCGGGAGCGCAGCACCAGCACCAACCACACCCACACCCACACCCCCAUCACCAGCCCCAUCAGCACGCAGAGACACACACAGACCAAGUGCAGCGUUUCUGGUCCGGAGCUGCAGCUGAAGCUGGAAUCGUUGGCUAGCAUCACAUCGGGGAUCUACGAGGAGAUCCAGCAGGAGAUGAAGAGGGCGAAGGUCUCUCAGGCUCUGUUUGCUAAAGUGGCUGCUAAUAAAAGUCAGGGUUGGCUAUGUGAGCUGCUCAGGUGGAAGGAGAGCCCAAGCCCUGAAAACCGCACCCUGUGGGAGAACCUGUGCACCAUCCGAAGGUUCCUGGCCUUACCGCAGGCCGACAGAGACCAGGUCUACGAGGAGGAGUCCAGGCAGCAGCACAACGAACGGCUCCACACGGUCCUGCACAUCCCAGAGCCACAGCCCCUCCACAGACCACCCCUCCCCGCUCUAACGGCUCCAUCACCCUUACAUGAAGACCCACAGCCGAUUGCGCUGCUGCCGGUUCUGCAGAGCUCAGAGGACGGGUUGCAGCGCGGUUUGAGUCCAGGCCUCGGAGGUGGGGGGACAAAGAAGGCUAGGUCGCGGACAAAGAUUUCCUUAGAGGCUUUGGGGAUCCUGCAGAGCUUCAUCGGAGACGUGGGACUCUAUCCGGACCAGGAGGCCAUCCACACCCUGUCAGCCCAGCUGGACCUGCCCAAACACACCAUUGUCAAGUUCUUCCAGAACCAGCGCUACAACGUCAAGCACCACAGUCAGUCCAGAGAGUCCGUCCCCGACGAGGACGACGGCGAGAGCUCGAGUCCCAGCGAAGAGGGGGUCUGCACGGUCCAAAGCAGGGCGGAGGAGGGUCUCUCCGCAUCCGAGGAGUCCAGCGAGGACGGCAGAGGCUCAGUGGAGGUCUUCAGAACACAAAGAGAGGAACAAGAAGAAGAAGAGGUGGAGAUGGAGGUAGAGAAGGAAGAAGGGGAUGAUGGGAAAACCUCAGGGCCCGCCACUUCCUCUCUGUCCCCGUACAGCAGCGUGGACAGUCCCCACUCAGCCGAGCAGCAGAGAUAACAGCCGACGAAGUGGAGAGGGGGUUUAGAUCAAACAUCAAACUGUGACGAAGAACCACACUUUUUUUUGUCUGCACCACUUCACCAGAGCUGCUGACCAGAGCUCCCUAAUAUCUGAACAACUGUGGACAAAUAUUUAUAUCUGAACCUGAAGGUAGUUUAACUACCUGCUCAUGUGGCCCGCAGAAGUGUUGGGUUUCUCAACAAGGCCCAAUUAAAAUUAAUAAUAAAAAAUAUUUUUAGCUUUAUUCCUGUGAAGUUGUGGCUGAGUUGAGAAGCAAAACCUAAAUGCUACACUCUUUAUAAAAUGCAGUAAUUCUGUUUAAAAAAAAGUUGCUCCAUAUUUUUUGUAAAUUAUUUCUCCAAACUCAUAAACAUUCCUUCUGUUUUAUGUUUUCAACAACUAUAGAAAAUGGUAAAAACUGUUUUCUCCACUAUUAAUGUUUAAACGCAGCGAUGUGAGAAACACAGGUGAAGCGGUGCAUAUAUAUCCUGAUUAUAUGCAUGUUUUCACCAACCAUACAGGAUAAUUAGGACUGGUAAUUAGAAUGAACGACUGCAGAGAGGUGAAAAAGCUCAUCUGCUGUUCUAUUAAGAAUAAAUGAAUCUGAAACCAAUGAUUCACAUUAAACACAUUUAUCAGUAAAACAUUUUACAGGAAUGCAGCGAAAUAACUCCAGAACCUCUGUCUGAAAUGUAGCCAAUUUUGGAUUAUUUUGUUCAUUUUUUAUAUAUAUAUAUUUAUACUUCAUCAUCUCACUGUCCUUUUGUCUUUUAAAGACGACUGUAUCGAUAAGUCCGUAUAUGAAAACCUGUCACUUAAGCCUUUAUUGAUAAUAAAAGUUUCUCACAAUC